AUGUCUACCAUCACCAACUUGCCAUUGCCGGACUUACGGUUCGAAAACACCUUUAUGAAAUCACUCCGCACGUAUGCAGCCGAGUCUGCCAAGACUCCACCACAAGCGGUGCCAGAACUCGCCCUACGAACCGAAUCUGAAAUCGACUUGUUGAACGAGCAACUUGAUCUUGACGAACAAUCACAAAUAGACCAGCCCUUACCACCCAUCACGCCGGCCAUUGUGGCCUAUGCCAUAAUAAAGGACCAGAUCCUCAUGCCGUUGCUCCAGGGUAUUCUUUACAGUGGACUUAUUCUCGUUUCUAAGCCAUAUUUGCGGCUAGUGGUGCUACAAGGCCAGAAAUUUGGCAGCUACUUGGCAACGAUCCUUGGUGUACAUCAGUUUACCAGGCCACGGCCGUACCGCUGA